AUGCUUGCCUCACUUUUGAACGGCGGCAGCUUGUCGCUGGCGGUCAUCUCGCUGCUCGCAUCCACAGCUGCGGCAGAUGUUUUCGAGAGUCUACCUCGUAUUCCUGACGGAUGGCGCUACAGUCGCACACCGUCUGGGAACCAACCCAUCAAACUUAAUUUCGGGUUGACCCAAGAAGGCCUCCACGAAUUUGAGAAUGCUCUCCUAGACAUGUCAACACCCGGCCACCAAGAUUACGGCAAACAUUUCCAAUCGCACGAUGAGAUGAAACGCAUGCUACAACCUAGCGACGAUUCCCUUCACAGUGUUCAGAAUUGGCUCGAAGGCGCUGGUGUUAAGGAUAUUCAUCGCGACGCCGACUGGUUGACUGUCCACACCACUGUUGAGAAGGCAAAUGAUCUAUUAGAUGCAAACUUCCAAUAUUACGUCAACCGUCACAAGCACGUUGAGCGUCUGCGCACUCUUGAAUACUCUCUGCCAAAGGCUGUCGUUCCCCACGUGAAUGUUGUCUCGCCUACGACUCGUUUUGGUCAGCUGAAGCCGAACCGUGCCACUAUCCACAGCAAGGCAAAGGCUGCUGAUGAGGCUUUCAAGCAGGCAGCUCUCUCUCCUUCCGCUAGCUGUGACACUGCCAUUACCCCGGAGUGCCUGAAAAGCAUCUACAACGUCGGUGAUUAUAAGCCCCAGAACGACAAUGGAAACAAGGUCGCUUUCGCCAGCUAUUUGGAACAAUAUGCCCGCUACGAGGAUCUUGCUCUCUUUGAAAAGAACCUUGCUCCAUAUGCCAAUGGCGACAAUUUCACUGUGAUCGAAUUCCAUGGCGGUGGCAAUGACCAGAAUUCUCAAACUGACAGCAGCGAGGCCAACUUGGACUUGCAGACCAUUGUCGGUCUCAGCUCUCCGGUUCCCGUCACUGAAUUCAGCACUGGUGGUCGUGGAUCUCUUGUGCCCGACCUUGACCAGCCUGAUAUCAACAAUAAUAACAACGAGCCAUACCUUGACUUCCUCCAGAACGUUGUCAAGAUGAGCAAUGAUGAACUGCCACAGGUCAUCUCCACCUCAUAUGGAGAGGACGAACAGAGUGUUCCUGAAAAGUACGCCCGCUCUGUUUGCAACCUGUACGCCCAGCUCGGCAGCCGCGGUGUCUCUAUUAUUUUCUCCUCUGGCGACUCCGGAUUCCCUGCCGCCUGUCCCUGGGUAACCUCCGUCGGCGCCACGACCCACACAUCCCCCGAGAAGGCUGUUUACUUUUCUUCUGGAGGCUUUUCCGACCUGUGGGAGCGCCCCAAGUAUCAGGAAGAUGCUGUCGGUUCAUACCUGCAAAAUCUGGGUAACCAGUGGUCGGGGCUCUUCAACGCGAAGGGUCGUGCAUUCCCCGAUGUUUCUGCCCAGGGCCAGAAUUAUGCUAUCUAUGAGAAGGGUCGGCUUACCAGAGUUGACGGGACCUCUGCCUCAGCACCUGCAUUUGCUGGUAUCAUUGCCCUUCUCAAUGAUGCCCGUAUUCAGGCCGGCCAGUCCACUAUGGGAUUCCUUAACCCCUGGCUUUACUCGGACGCAUCUUCCGUUCUGAACGACAUCACCAAUGGUGGAAGCACCGGCUGUGAUGGUAACGGUCGCUUCAGUGGCCCGCAGAACGGUGGCCCUACUGUCCCUUACGCCAGCUGGAAUGCGACUAAGGGAUGGGACCCCGUCACUGGACUGGGAACCCCCAACUUCGCCAACAUGGUGAAGAAUGCCGUCAAGAGCUCUAACUGA